CGUAUGUGAGACGUAUUGCGUAUUCUGAGAUCAAGCCCAUCAUGUAAAACCCUCAUCUCAGGGUGUUGAGACCUGAACUCUAGCCCAACACCAUCGAUAUCCUGGAAAGUCAGGGCGCUGGGUAAGACACGCACAAUGGCGGGCGAAUCGUCAAGUUCAAGUCCCAGGCUAUUCUCUCCGAGCAAUCUCAUCCGCCUGGCUCCGUUGCAAGCAAGCGACCUCCCAUCCCAUCCUGACCUGCCAGGCUCGUCGGCCGAGGUGCUGCCCUUCCUAACCGCCCUCCUUGAAGACGGCGCGUCGUUCCUGUCCCCUUCGAAUUUCCAAGAAACCUUUAAAAACCAAUCCACCAAGACAUCCCCUCCCUCUGCGGCGAAGGUGGAAAUCCUGACGUGUUCGAUACCGGCGACCUCGAUAUCGCAGGUUCAAUGGACAGGAACGUCUUCCGCGCAGGGUGCGGGCGCGGCGGUUUCACGAAGUAAGCCGCAGAAAAUCGAGGGCGAGCACUGGUUCGCCAGGCGGAGUGUGCAUGCGGAUGUCAGCAGCAAGAGCGCGGGCAAGCCCGGCCACGCCAACUGGGACGAAUUUGUGUUUGGCAUCCGCGACGAGCAUAGCAAGCACGAGAUGGAGUUCACGCCCACGCUGUACGACGCGCGCAAGGUGGCCGACUGGGCCGGGCAGAUCAACAAGCUGGACGGCGAAGGGCGGGUCCAUAACAAGUACGACAAUCUGACCAUGGGUGUGUACGAGAUGUGUCACACCAUCCCGGCGCCGCUGAUGCCGAGGUGUUUCUGCGUCUUGGUCGUCACGGCGAGCACGGGCGACGGCGACGAGAUUGUCGCCGUGACGGUUCCGGUGGAUCUGGCGAGUGCGAACCGCACUGGCAUUACGACGACAGCGGCGGCAGCAGAAAAGAACAAGAAUGUGGGAUUUUACUCGAGUAUGAGGAACGUCAGGGAAGGCGAGGACGCCCAGAGGAAGAAGGUCGUGGUGAUGGGCGCCUACACGGCGGUCGAGGUCGUGAGGAGACACCGCGAGACGCAAGAGAUUGAAUGGAUCAUGGCUACUGCGAGCGACGCAAGGGGGAACCUGCCCAUGUGGAUGCAAAAAUUGGGCAUACCUGGCGCGAUCGCGAAGGAUGUGGGAUACUUUCUGAAAUGGAUCAAGGAUGUGGACGAGAAAGAGAUCCUCCAGAGUUCUGCCUGAUCCUGACUUGAUUGAGCGUUUGUUUCAGGGUAUGCAGUACAGCAAUCGAAUUGGUCCUUGAUUACUAGGUAUAGUUCUAGUUAUGGCACGAUGGACGAGAUGAGACUAUAUUGGGGUAUGCAGCAGGCAAAAGGACUAGACAGGUAGGCUCUCGUAACUCCUCAUUUGAAAGGAGUACUUUGCAAUACCAAGAUGCACG